CGCAGGGUGCCGACCUGCCGGAGAGGGGGCCCGGGCGCGAGGCGGAGUCCCGGCACGCGGCCAGGCUGGUGGAGGCCCCCGGCAGGCUGCAGAUUCCCUCCGGCCCCGGGAGCCUCAGCAGGACCGGCCAGGAGGCGCCACGGAGGGGAGCCCCAUCCCGGUGCUGACAGUGCCCACCGCGCCCUACGAGGACCGGCGGCCGGCCGGCGGCGGGGGUCUGCGGCGACCUACCGGCCUCUUCGAGGGCCAGCGCAACUACCUGCCCAACUUUAUCCAGAGCGUGCUGUCGUCCACCGACCUGCGCGACCGUCGGGGCUGCACCACGGUGGUGGGCAGCGACGGCAGGUGCUUUAGCAGGACGGCCAUCGAGAUCGUGGUGCAGAUGGCCGCGGCCAACGGGAUUGGACGACUGAUUAUUGGACAGAAUGGCAUCUUGUCGACACCUGCGGUCUCCUGCAUUAUCAGGAAGAUCAAGGCAGCUGGUGGAAUCAUUCUAACAGCCAGCCACUGCCCUGGAGGAGCAGGGGGAGAGUUUGGAGUGAAGUUUAAUGUUGCCAAUGGAGGUCCUCCACCCGAUGUUGUCUCAGACAAAAUCUACCAAAUCAGCAAAACGAUUGAGGAAUAUGCUAUAUGUCCCGAUCUCCGAAUCGACCUAUCUCGACUAGGAAGACAAGAAUUUGACCUAGAGAACAAAUUCAAACCAUUCAGAGUGGAGAUAGUGGACCCAGUGGAUAUGUAUCUUAACCUCCUUCGGACCAUCUUUGACUUUCAUGCCAUCAAGAGUUUGCUGACUGGGCCCAGCCAACUGAAGAUUCGCGUUGACGCAAUGCAUGGAGUUAUGGGACCUUAUGUGAGAAAAGUUCUGUGUGAUGAGCUGGGGGCCCCAGCCAAUUCUGCAAUAAACUGUGUUCCCCUGGAAGACUUUGGAGGGCAGCACCCUGACCCAAACCUGACAUAUGCAAUGACUCUUCUGGAAGCAAUGAAAGGAGGAGAAUAUGGAUUUGGAGCUGCAUUUGAUGCUGAUGGGGACCGUUACAUGAUCCUAGGCCAAAAUGGCUUCUUUGUGAGCCCUUCUGACUCCCUGGCCAUCAUUGCUGCCAACCUCUCUUGCAUUCCAUGUUUCUGUCAGAUGGGGGUCCGCGGGUUUGGGAGGAGUAUGCCAACCAGCAUGGCCCUGGACAGGUUGAAUGCCUUUGAGAACUUGAUGCAUAAAAUUUGCAUGACUCCUCACUCCUUUCUGGAUCUCUCAUUGGACUCAAGCCAGCAUGGCUCACACCACAAUGGUUAACGGCAGUGCCUCAGAUUCGGGAGAAAUCUGUACACGAAAUGCAGAGAAGAUCCUCCUAAGAGACACAUCACCAUGGGGACAACCUGCCCAAAAUGGCAUGCCAAGUGUUCAUUUCUUUUUUGAGUUAUGUGCCAAAUAGCUGAAUGAGUGAGAAUAGUAAUUGUCUAUGCAGAAUUUUUUUCUGAGCGUCUGAGUCCAGAGUCCUACGUCUGCUGGCUCUGAACACCUUCAAAUGACAACAUUAUGUACUGGAGCAAGUGUAGAAUUGGAGCCAGGAAACCUGAAUUUGAGUCCUAGUUCCAGCACUAACCGUGAAAUAUUGGGCAGGGCUAUUUCUCCACAUGUAAACCAUCGGUAAGUAUAUCCACCUGCCGGUUUAGGACCAGUGAGCGCACCAGAAACAUACUUACAGGAGCUAUGUAAGCCGUAAAGCACUUUUGAAGACAACAGCAGGAAGUGACCUCUAAAGUGGGCAUUCCCAGCCCAUGAAUGUGACUUUUUAUUCUAGCGGUCUCAGCUGCAAGCAUCUCCUCUGGGUAGAACACUAUAACCCAAACCCAGAUAAACUCAGUUAUUUGUUCUGGGAUGACUGAUCUUUCCCUGUCCAUUCCAUUUUUGACCUUUUUACUGCCCAGCUUCUUGAGACUUUUAUAGAUUCUGCUGUGGGACUGCUAUCAAUAAUGAAGACAUGAAUGAGAAUAUCUAACAUUCAUUGAACACUUAAAUGCACCAUGGUGCCUAAAAUGCUUUGCCUGCAUUUUCAUACUUAAUCCUCACAAUAAUCUAAUGAGAUUAAGCUAUUAUUUUACUGUCAUCAUCAUCCCUAUGUAAUGUCACAGAGAAGUUCGGGGACUUACUGUAAAUGAAGUAAGAAAAAUCAGAAUUAUGGGCAGUGGCUUACACCUGUAAUCCCAGCAUUUUGGGAGGCCGAGGGGGAUGGAUCACCCAAGGUCGGUAGUUCAAGACCAGCCUGGCCAACAUGACGAAACCCCAUCUCUACAAAAAUACAAAAAUUAGCCAGGCAUGGUGGCGCAUGCCUGUAAUCCCAGCUACUUAGGAGGCUAAGACAGGAAUGGCUGGAACCUGGGAGGCAGAGGUUGCAGUGGGCCCAGAUUGCACUACUGCCCUACAGCCUGAGUGACAGAGUGAGACUCCAUAUCAAAAAAUAAAAUAAAUCAGAAUUAUGAUGACUUUCUCCAGUAAAAUAUUUGGUGAGAGAGGAGAUUGAAACAUUAUGAAAUUUCAAGUGUAGUGGGUGAGUUUUAAUUCCCUCUGAUGAUGUGGUUUCCUCCCUUGCCCUGCAUUUGCUUCCAUUCACAUGCUCAGGGGAAGGGGUGUUUAAGAUUGUUGGUACCUCAAGACCUCAACCUUCUUCUGGUGCCUUGGGCAAAAUCCUUUCUUCAUGGGUUUAGAUACUACCCCACUAAUUCCUUUCCAACUUGGUUUGUUCUGUACUUACCUUUUUGCUUUGUUCCUGAGAUCUAAUAAGCAAGCUGUAACUUUUCCUUCCCACCUGGUAUCCUGCCUAACAGGUCUGGGCAUUGAGGUUGAAAGCAAAAGAAAGCUCUCUGAUUUGUGACUUUCAGGGUGUCAGAGUAUGAAUUGUUACUGCAGACAGUUAUCUGGACUGUGCAGGGGAAGAUUUUUUACUUAUUCUAGUCACCAUGACCCAUGUACAUCUAUAAGCAAAUCUAAUUAGAGACUCAACCAUAAACAGUAAUAUAUAUGCAAACAUACAUAUAUGUGUAUGUGUCUGUAUAUGUAUAUACACACAUAGUAAUAUAUACAUACAUAUAUGUAUAUACAAACACAAAUGUGUGUACACCAUAUAUAUGACACUCAUAGAAAAAAAAAAUUUUUUUUUGAGAUGGAGUCUUGCUCUGUCACCCAGGCUGGAGUGCAGUGGCGUGAUAUCGGCUCACUGCAACCUCUGCCUCCUGGGUUCAAGUGAUUCUUGUGCCUCAGCCUCCCACGUAGCUGGGAUUACAGGCCCAUGCCAUCACGCCUGGCCAAUUUUUGUAUUUUUAGUAGAGAUGAGGUUUCACCAUGUUAACCAGGCUGGGGUUGAACUCAUGACUUCAGGUGAUCUGCCUACCUCGGCACUUCGGGAUUACAGGCAUGAGCCACCACACCCAGCUGAAAAUUUAAAAGUAUAGAUGCGUGUUGUAUUGUCUGAAAACCAAAACAAAAGCAAGAAUUACUGGUGAUAAUACCACCUAGAAAUAAAUGUCUUCCUAUUUUUUAUAUAGUUGUCAAAUGUUAUAUAUUUCACAUGGUUGAGAAUAUGUUAAUAAAAAUCAUUCCUUUA